AUGACCGUAGCAGCCUCAGAGAUCCGGAACAUUUCCGCAUGGCGCUUGAAUAAGACUGAAAUGAAAGAGCUCGCUGAAAGGGUUGAGAAAGGAGAGGACGAAGCGGUGGUGAAGAAGGAGCUUCAGACCAAGAAGGCUGUGGCCUGCGAAGAGCGUAAGAAGUCAGCUGCGGCGAUUUCUGCCAAGCCUGGAUCCACGGGCCCCAAGGCAAGCAAAAAGACUUCGUCGUCGCCUGCAACUCAGUCAGCCACGGCUGCUGCGACUCCAGACCCAACGAAUGCUGGCUACUACGCUCUGGUAGAAGCGGACCUCCAGACAAUUUUGCAGGAGUUCCCAGGCAUUGACCAGGAAAUGCCUUUGCCGCUCUCCAAGUCUGAGUUGGACGGAUCCAAGACUGGGGUUCAAGAACCCUUUGACUUGUCCAAGGCUCAGCAUGCCCUUGGGAUUCAUGGAGUUUUUCGUUGA